AUGCAAUCAUCUAAUGAAAAAGCCAUCGAACUUUUAUGGUUUCUUCUUGUUUUGUUUGCUGUUAACCAUGUGAUCAUUUGCAUCGAAGCUGGAAGCAACUCCAAAUGGAUCAACUCCACGGCGACAAUGUCUGCGCAAACAUUCGAAUCUACAUCUCCAUUACCCGUGGAGACAACCUUCAAGUUUCCAUCUCCAUUGCCUGUUAUCCUUCCGGGUCCGGGUCAGGGAGGUGAGAGAAAUUUUGGGAAAGGAAAGAUAGAUCUGGGAGGCCUUGAGGUGAUCCAAGUCUCCAUCUCAACGACAACGUCCAAGAGAGUAUGGAGAACAUUUGAAGGAGGGCCGGAAAACAUGGGAGCCAGCAUCUUCGAACCAGUUAACCUUCCUGCUGGCUUCUUCAAGAUUGGUUUCUAUGCACAGCCCAACAACCGUAUGCUUUUCGGUUGGGUACUUGUUGCAAGAGACGUAUCUGGGAAUAGCCUGAGAGCACCCGUCGACUACAUCCAAGUCGGGAACACAAACUCCAUCAAUGUCAAGCAAGACGGGCCUGCAUAUAUUUGGCAGCCCCUGUGCCCCAAUGGGUACCAAGCGGUAGGCCUAUCUGUCACGACAUCUCCUACGAAGCCCACUUUAAGACAGGAGGAAUCUAUAAGCUGUGUUCGAUCGGAUCUGACGGAACAGAGCGAGGCCGAUAAUACAUGGGUAUGGGGGAUAAAAGAGAUGACUACUUUGUCUGGCUCGAGACCGGCUAAGAGAGGAACAGAAGCAACAGGUGUGUACACGGGGACAUUCAGCUUUCAGCAACAAAACUUUCCUCCUCCGUCUUUAUCCUGCUUGAGAAACACAAGAUUGUUUGACAGCUUGUCUAGCAUGCCAAGCGAAGAUCAGACCAGAGAUUUGUUCCGAGCCUACUCUCCCUGGAUAUAUUUUCAUCCGAGAGAGGAGUUUCUUCCUUCCUCUGUCGACUGGGUUUUCUCCAAUGGUGCCUUGUUAUACCAGAAAGGUAACGAAUCCAACCCCGUCCCUGUGAAACCAAACGGUUCAAACCUUCCGCAAGGCGGCUCCGACGAUGACUUGUACUGGUUGGACUAUCCGGCGGAUGAGGGCGCGAGGGAAAGGCUGAAGAGGGGAGACUUAGGAAACAACAAGGUGUAUCUACACGUCAAACCAAUGUUUGGAGCCACUUUCACUGACAUUGUCGUCUGGAUAUUCUGUCCUUUCAAUGGCAAUGCCCGCCUCAAGUUCUUGUUCAUAAAGAGCCUGUCGCUAGGGGAUAUCGGGGAACACAUCGGAGACUGGGAACACGUUACGUUGCGCAUCAGCAACUUCAACGGCGAGUUAUGGCGCGUCUACUUCUCGGAGCACAGUGGAGGAACUCUAGUGGAGGCAUGCGAUCUAGAGUUUCAAGGUGGAAACAAACCCGUGGCUUACUCGUCUCUUCACGGACACGCCAUGUUCUCGAGGCCAGGGGUCGUGGUGCAAGGCGGGCAAGACGGAAACAACGGCGUAAGGAACGACAUGGCAAAGAGUGACAAGUUCUUUGACGCUGGUGCUGGAUAUGAGGUGGUUGCGGGACCCGGGAUCGUGGAGCCACCGUGGCUCAACUAUUUAAGGAAAUGGGGACCAAUCGUUCGACAUGACAUUGAAAAGACCCUUGACGGCAUCGCCAAGACAUUGCCGGGACUUUUGCGUAAGAAGUUGCGAAACCUCAUCAACAAAAUUCCUCGUGAAUUGCUUCAAGGAGAGGGCCCCACAGGACCAAAAGUCAAAACGUCUUGGACCGCUGAUGAAUAGCUUUCAUUCAUUCGUAUCAUAUCUUAAUUUUGGAUCCUCCAUCGGACAGA